UGCGCGGUGCCCGGCCAUGCCGAAGGGAGCGCGGCCGGCGGGGGCCAAGCAGGAGGAAUGGAAGGGGGGCGAGGAGGAGGACCAGCCGGUCAAGAAGGGCCGGAAGGACCGGAAGGGCAAAAAAUCCUUCUUCGAGGCGCUGGCCGAGGAGGAGAAGGCGGGGCCGGACGCUCGCCUCAGCAAGAAGGACAAGAAGAAGAUGAAGAAGCAGGCGGAGUUUGAGCGGCAGGUGGCGUCGCUGCGGGCGGCGGCCAUGACGGGCGAGGGCGACUUCGCGGUGUCGCAGGCGGAGCUCUCCUCGCGCCAGGCCAUGCUGGAGAACGCCUCCGACAUCAAGCUGGAGAAGUUCAGCAUCUCAGCUCACGGCAAGGAGCUCUUCGUCAACGCCGACCUCUUCAUCGUGGCCGGGCGCCGCUACGGCCUCGUGGGGCCCAACGGGAAGGGGAAGACGACGCUGCUGAAGCACAUCAACAACAGAGCGCUGAGCAUCCCCCCCAACAUCGACGUGCUGCUCUGCGAGCAAGAGGUGCUGGCCGAUGACACGCCCGCGGUCCAGGCCGUGCUCCGCGCCGACACCAAGCGGCUGCGGCUGCUGGAGGAGGAGCGGCGCCUGCAGGGGCUCCUGGAGAGCGGCGACGACGCGGCCGCCGAGCGCCUGGAGAAGGUGUACGAGGAGCUGCGCGCCAUCGGCGCCGCCGCCGCCGAGGCCAAGGCCCGGCGCAUCCUGGCGGGGCUGGGCUUCACCCCCGAGAUGCAGAACCGGGCGACCCGCAAGUUCUCGGGGGGAUGGAGGAUGAGAGUCAGUCUGGCCAGGGCGCUGUUCCUGGAGCCGACGCUGCUGCUGCUGGACGAGCCCACGAACCACCUGGACCUGAACGCCGUCAUCUGGCUCAACAACUACCUGCAGAGCUGGAAGAAGACGCUGCUGGUGGUGUCCCACGACCAGGGCUUCCUGGACGACGUCUGCACCGACAUCAUCCACCUGGACGCGCAGAGGCUGCACUACUACCGCGGGAAUUACAUGACCUUCAAGAAGAUGUACCAGCAGAAGCAGAAGGAGCUGCUGAAGCAGUUUGAGAAGCAGGAGAAGAAACUGAGGGACCUCAAAGCCGGGGGCAAAUCCACCAAGCAGGCGGAGAAGCAGACGAAGGAGGCGCUGACCCGCAAGCAGCAGAAGUGCCGCCGCCGGGCGCCCUCCGAGGGCUCGGCCGAGGCCCCGGAGCUGCUGCGGCGCCCCCGGGAAUAUUCCGUGCGCUUCACCUUCCCCAACCCGCCCCCCCUGAGCCCCCCCAUCCUCGGCCUGCACGGGGUGGAUUUUGGCUACGAGGGGCAGGAGCUGCUGUUCCGCAACCUGGACUUCGGCAUCGACAUGGAGUCCCGAGUGUGCAUCGUGGGCCCCAACGGCGUCGGGAAGAGCACCCUGCUGCAGCUGCUCACCGGGGCCCUGGCGCCGCUCCGGGGGCAGAUGAGGCGCAACCACCGGCUGAAGGUGGGGUUCUUCAACCAGCAGGCGGCCGAGCAGCUGCGGCUGGAGGAGACGGCGGCCGAGUUCCUGCAGCGCAGCUUCAACCUGGCGCACCAGGACGCGCGGCGCUGCCUCGGCCGCUUCGGCCUCGAGGGCCACGCCCACACCCUGCAGAUCGCCAAGCUCUCGGGCGGGCAGAAGGCGCGCGUGGUGUUCGCCGAACUCGCCUGCCGGGAGCCCGACGUGCUCAUCCUGGACGAGCCCACCAACAACCUGGACAUCGAAUCCAUCGACGCCCUGGCCGACGCCAUCAACGAGUACAAAGGAGCGGUGAUCGUGGUGAGCCACGACGCGCGGCUGAUCACCGAGACCAACUGCCAGCUGUGGGUGGUGGAGGAGCAGGGCCUGAGCCAGAUCGACGGCGACUUCGACGACUACAAGCGCGAGGUGCUGGAGGCGCUGGGCGAGGUCAUGGUGCACCGGCCCCGCGAGUGACCGCCGGAGUGACCGCGGUGACCGGAGUGACCAGACUGACCGACAGAGUGACCACCGGAGUGGCCGCAGUUACCCGCAGUGGCCAGCAGGGGGCACGGGGAGGAAUAAAAUGGUGGUGGAGCAA